AUGGAUCGGAUCACCCCGGACCGAUUUAAACCCCGGGCUCUUCGGACAAAUGCAUCUAUAUCCGAUCCAAAUUUUGAAGGCUGAAUUACGAACCAACGUCCAUCCACGAAUACACCUCAGUAUCUGAUGGCUCACCGUCGUCUUUUAUCUCCACUUCACCCCACACUUCGCUCGCAGAUGGCUAAUACUUUUUGAAUCCGUCUUGACACCCAAAGCAAAUUUGCUGACCGCGUGAGCGUGAGAUCCACGCCCCAUCCACACUCGGCUCCGCCGUUACUCCGCACCGCAUCUUCCAACGGUCCUCCUCCUUGGGCUCUAACAUACGGCACCUUCUAAGCCUCUCCUCCAGUGUACAAAGGAUUGAAGAAAUGGCUGGUGGUGCCGCUGGGGGUUUUUUAAGUCGAGCAUUCGAGUCUAUGGUCAAAGAAUGUUCAGGAAAAAAAUAUCCAGACCUUCAUAAAGCUAUUCAGACUUAUUUAGAUCACGCGAAAGAGGUCAAUCAGACGCAGCAUCCUGAUUCCACUGACACAAAUCAAGCAGUAUCCUUGCCUGGAGAUGGCAGUUCCCUUGAAACCGAUGGUGGAGCUGAAAAGACUGGAACAGAACCUGGUCGCCCACAUACUGCAGAGGAGUUAGAGCCUGUGGGCAGAACUGGAACUAUUACCACUGUCUUAUCUAGAGCUGGGAACUCCCUUGAAGGAGCUCAGGCAGAACUUGUUCUGAAUCCACUUCGACUUGCAUUUGAGACUAAGAACUUGAAAAUCAUAGAACCUGCUUUGGAUUGUCUUCAUAAACUCAUUGCAUAUGAUCAUUUAGAGGGUGAUCCUGGUUUAGACGGUGGUAGAAAUGCCCCACUGUUUACAGACAUUCUGAACAUGAUUUGCGGUUGUUUUGACAAUUCGUCGUCUGAUAGCACCAUUUUGCAAGUGUUGAAGGUACUUCUUACUGCUGUGGCAUCCUCAAAGUUUAGAGUACAUGGGGAACCUCUGCUGGGUGUUAUCAGAGUAUGCUACAAUAUUGCUCUUAACAGCAAGAGUCCUGUGAACCAAGCAACAUCAAAGGCAAUGUUGACACAGAUGAUGAGCAUCAUAUUCAGGAGAAUGGAAACUGACCCGAUCUGCUCUUCAGCUGGUUCUGCUGGAGAAUCAGAGGCUGUUACAGUGGAGAAUUCAAACACAAAGGUUGAUGAAGCAUCCUUGGCAGACCAAGAUGAGAAAGGAAUGACUUUAGGAGAGGCACUGAACCAGGUCAAAGGGUCCUCUCUUGCGUCUGUCGAGGAACUCCCCAAUCUAACAGGCAGUGUUGAUAUCAAGAGUUUAGAAGCAGUCCUUGACAAAGCUGUGCAUCUUGAAGAUGGUAAAACAAUAACAAGAGGGAUUGACCUGGAGAGCAUGAACGUAGUACAACGUGAUGCUUUAUUGGUAUUCCGCACCCUUUGCAAGAUGGGAAUGAAGGAAGACAAUGAUGAUGUUACAACAAAGACAAGAAUCUUGUCUCUUGAGCUUCUACAGGGUUUAUUGGAAGGAGUUAGCUAUUCUUUCACAAAGAACUUCCAUUUUAUUGACUCAGUGAAAGCAUAUCUUUCAUAUGCUUUGUUGCAUGCUUCUGUUUCACAAUCCCCUGUGAUAUUUCAGUAUGCAACUGGAAUUUUCUCAGUGCUUUUGUUGAGAUUCAGGGAAAGUCUUAAAGUAUGCAAUUCAAUAUUAUCUUGCUCGAUUAUUUCAGCAACUUCUUUUGUUGGUGAGAGUAUUUGCUUUGAUAUUCCUCUUUUUUUAAUCUGUACCAACUUUUAUUGUCAGGGUGAAAUUGGCGUCUUGUUUCCCCUAAUAGUUAUAAGAACAUUGGACGGAUUGGAAUCUCCAGUUAACCAAAAACUAAGUGUGCUUAGGAUGCUUGAGAAAAUAUGCAAGGAUCCUCAAAUGCUUGUUGACAUAUUUGUGAACUAUGAUUGUGAUCUUGAGGCACCAAACUUAUUUGAACGCAUGGUUACUACGCUAUCAAAAAUAGCUCAAGGAACUCAAAAUGCUGAUCCAAAUUCAGUUGCCGUGUCACAGACAUCUGUAAAAGGAUCGUCGCUUCAGUGCCUUGUGAGUGUACUUAAAUCACUGGUUGAAUGGGAGAAGCUGUAUAGAGAAUCAGAAAAGCAGAUUAACGAGACCCAGUCUCCGGAAGAAAAGUUUUCUGUUAAAGAAUCUCUUGAGAUUAAAAGCAAGGAUGUUAUCACCAGUAACUUUGAGAAGGCAAAAGCUCACAAAUCUACAAUGGAAGCUGCUAUCUCUGAGUUUAACAGGCAACCAGGAAAGGGCAUAGAGUAUCUGAUAUCAAAUAAGUUGUUGGAGAAUACACCUGCUUCGAUUGCCCAAUUUCUGAGAAGCACUCACAGCUUGGACAAGGCAAUGAUUGGUGAUUAUUUGGGUCAGCAUGAAGAGUUUCCUCUUGCUGUGAUGCAUGCUUAUGUAGAUUCCAUGAAGUUUACAGGAAUGAAGUUUGAUAAGGCAAUCCGUGAAUUUCUUAAAGGAUUCCGUCUUCCAGGGGAAGCUCAAAAGAUUGAUCGCAUUAUGGAAAAAUUUGCAGAAAGGUAUUGUGCAGAUAAUCCCGGUCUUUUCAAAAAUGCAGAUACUGCAUAUGUUCUUGCAUAUGCUGUCAUAAUGCUGAAUACGGAUGCUCAUAAUCCAAUGGUGUGGCCUAAAAUGUCCAAGAUGGAUUUUAUACGCAUGAAUGCCAUGAAUGAUGCAGAAGAAUGUGCCCCUACAGAACUUCUAGAAGAGAUCUAUAAUUCUAUUGUUAAACAGGAGAUAAAAAUGAAAGAUGACUCAGUCGGUAUUGAAAAAAGCAGCAGACAGAGGCCAGAAGGUGAAGAGAGAAUCCGCCUUGUCAGCAUUCUUAAUCUGGCCCUCCCAAGAAGAAAGUCAUUGACAGAUGCAAAGUCUGAGAGUGAAGCUAUUAUUAAGCAAACGCAGGCCAUAUUCCGGAGUCAAGGAGCAAGAAGGGGAGUUUUCCACACUUCACAGCAGAUUGAACUUGUAAGGCCCAUGGUUGAUGCUGUAGGAUGGCCUUUGCUUGCUACUUUCUCCGUUACUAUGGAGGAAGGAGAGAAUAAGCCGAGGGUGAUUCUCUGUAUGGAGGGAUUUAAAGCUGGAAUACAUAUCACACGUGUUCUUGGGAUGGAUACCAUGCGCUAUGCUUUCUUAACAUCUCUGGUCAGAUUUACUUUCUUGCAUGCCCCAAAGGAAAUGCGCAGUAAAAAUGUGGAAGCAUUGCGAACAUUGUUGGCACUUUGUGACUCAGAGACUGACUCCCUUCAAGACACAUGGAAUGCAGUUUUGGAAUGUGUUUCUCGACUUGAAUUUAUCACAUCAACUCCUGGUAUUGCUGCUACUGUCAUGCAUGGAUCAAAUCAGAUCUCAAAAGACUCUCUCCUUCAAUCCCUACGAGAAUUGGCUGGCAAACCUGCUGAACAAGUAUUUGUGAAUAGUGUUAAACUGCCCAGUGAUUCUGUCGUGGAGUUCUUCACUGCUCUCUGUGGUGUAUCAGCUGAAGAACUAAAACAAAGUCCAGCUCGAGUUUUCAGCUUGCAAAAACUUGUGGAGAUCAGCUACUACAAUAUGGCUCGUAUACGCAUGGUCUGGGCUAGAAUAUGGUCUGUUUUAGCAAAUCACUUUAUUUCAGCUGGGAGCCAUCAUGAUGAGAAAAUUGCUAUGUAUGCCAUAGACUCUUUAAGGCAACUUGGUAUGAAGUAUUUGGAGCGUGCUGAACUUGCCAAUUUCACUUUCCAGAACGAUAUUUUGAAACCAUUUGUUGUCCUUAUGCGAAAUACUCGAAGUGAGUCCAUAAGAAGCCUAAUCGUUGACUGCAUUGUUCAAAUGAUAAAGUCUAAAGUUGGCAGCAUAAAGUCCGGAUGGCGAAGUGUUUUUAUGAUUUUCACAGCUGCUGCAGAUGAUGAAUUGGAAUCAAUUCUUGAAAGAGCAUUUGAAAAUGUUGAACAGGUUAUCUUGGAACACUUUGAUCAAGUAGUUGGAGAUUGUUUUAUGGACUGCGUCAACUGUCUUAUCAGGUUUGCCAAUAAUAAAAGUUCACACCGUAUAAGCUUGAAGGCUAUUGCACUCCUACGUAUAUGUGAGGAUCGUCUGGCAGAGGGCCUCAUACCUGGAGGUGCACUAAAACCCAUUGGCGGUAAUGUGGAUGCAACCUUCGAUGUGACUGAGCAUUAUUGGUUCCCUAUGCUGGCUGGAUUAUCUGAUCUCACAUCAGACCCAAGGCCAGAGGUCAGAAGCUGCGCACUAGAAGUUUUGUUUGAUUUACUGAACGAGAGAGGGAGCAAAUUCUCUUCAUCAUUUUGGGAGAGCAUCUUCCAUCAAGUCUUGUUUCCGAUUUUUGAUCAUGUAAGACAUGCUGGAAAGGAAAGCUUGAUUUAUUCUGAUGAUGAGUCACUUCGUGAAACCAGCAUCCACUCACUUCAAUUGCUGUGCAACCUUUUCAACAUUUUCUACAAGGAGGUAUGUUUUAUGCUUCCACCAUUAUUGAGUUUGCUGUUGGAUUGCGCCAAACAGACCGACCAAUCGGUGGUUUCAAUAUCUCUGGGUGCACUGGUGCAUCUUAUAGAAGUUGGAGGACACCAAUUUAGUGAAAGUGACUGGGAUAUGCUGCUGAAAAGCAUAAGAGAUGCUUCAUACACAACACAACCACUUGAGCUGCUCAAUGCUUUAGGUUUUGAUAGUGCUUCCUUGAAGUCUUUUGACAACGAGGAAGUGGAUGGCCAUCAUUUUGAUGUCAGGGAUAAUGGAAAGGAGUCUCUGUUGCCAUCCCUAAGUAAUGGUCCUGAUGGCACUGCAAGGAACCCUAAUGUAGCAGUCCCCCUAGAUCACUAUCAAGAAUCAGGUUCACAAGUUAAUGUGGAAGGAUCUGAAGGGCUUCCAUCACCUUCGAGAAGAGCUUUGAAAACUGCUGAUGGAGGCCUCCAACGGAGUCAGACAAUUGGCCAAAGGAUUAUGGGAAAUAUGAUGGACAAUCUCUUUCUCAGAAAUCUUACUUCUAAAUCUAAAGGCCCUGCUUCAGAUGCUUCCAUGCCAUCUUCUCCAGUCCAGGUCCCUGACGCCAUGGAGUCCGAUGUUAAAGAUGAGGUAGAAAGUCCACUGUUGGGAACUGUGCGAGGAAAGUGCAUCACUCAAUUACUGCUGCUUGGAGCAAUUGAUAGUAUCCAGAAGAAAUACUGGAGCAAGUUGAAAGCACCACAAAAGAUUGUUAUAAUGGACAUAUUGCUACCUUUGUUGGAGUUUGCUGCUUCUUAUAAUUCAUAUACCAACCUCAGAACGCGGAUGCACCAAAAUAACAUUUGGCCACCUUUGAAUCUUCUGCGCCAGGAAUUAGCAGGAACUUGCAUAUAUCUGGACAUCUUACAGAAAGCAACUUCAGGAGAUUAUAUGGAUGAAGAGAGAUAUCCUAAUAGUCCUGUGGAUGUUGAUACUGCUUCAACUGACAAAUCUAGUACAGAAGAAAAACUUGCAAGAGUAGCUGAGGAGAAAUUGGUGUCUUUCUGUGAACAGGUACUCAGGGAGGCAUCUGAUCUGCAGUCCAGUGUUGGGGAAACUACUAAUAUGGACAUUCAUUGUGUGUUGGAGUUACGUUCUCCAAUUAUUGUUAAGGUGAUUAAAGGCAUGUGCUUUAUGAACAGUCAGUUAUUUCAAAGACACGUGCGAGACUUCUAUCCUUUGCUUACAAAACUUGUAUGCUGUGACCAGAUGGAUGUUCGUGGAGCUCUUGGUGAUCUUUUCAGGGCACAAUUGAAAGCUCUCCUGUCAUAGUUUUGUUUCAGCCACUAUCAAGUUCUUUUUUGAAAUGAUUCUUGGUCAUUGCAAAUAAGAAGGCAGAUCGUCUCAUUGUUCAGCUGACAUUUUUCCCUAUAUUGAAAACUUGAUAUGCUCCUACAAAGAUUUUAUUUCCUCUCGCUGUGUUUUGGUGAAAAGAGGGAAACAAAUUAUAUUUCCUUCUUAAUGAAGGCUUUGCUGUUUGUAGUUGUACCCUAUUGCUGAUCCUAGAAACAUCAGUAAAAAAGUUGUACUCUGAGCCUGAGGGAUUUCUCGAUUUGUUUAGUUAUUAAAUUUUUUUAAGUAA